AUGCCUGUGAUACAGCUGUGGGAUUUACGAAACGCGUAUGCGCCCGUGCGCGCUUUAGAGGGACAUUCUCGGGGCAUUCUGGCCAUGGCCUGGUGUCCAAAGGACGGCGACAUGUUGCUGAGUACCGCCAAAGACAACCGGUCCAUUGUGUGGAAUCCUAACUCAGCACAGGGCCAAGAGAUUGUUACCGAAUUACCACCAUGCAGCAACUGGCGCUUUGACGCUCAGUGGAGUGCGCGCAAUCCUCUGCUGCUGGCGACAUCCUCGUUUGCAGGCACCAUGACGGUCUUCAACAUUGCGGACAAUAGACCCGAUG